AUGGGAAACCCUCUUUUCCUCUCUCUUUCCUUUUGCUUCUUGGUUCUCUUCAAUGGCUGCCUAGCAACCGACGAAAACCUCCGCGACGUCUCCCGACACUUCCGCGAGGGUGAAAGACGGUAUCGUGAGUGUCGCCUGGAUAGGCUCGAUGCCCUCGAACCCUCCCGCCGCAUCGAGGCCGAAGGUGGCGUGAUCGAGAUGUGGGAUCCUAGCCACGAGAUGUUCCGGUGCGCCGGUGUGGCUGUCCAGAGAUAUAUUAUUGAUCCCAAUGGCCUUCUCCUCCCUCAUUACACCAAUGCCCCACAACUUAUCUACAUUGAGAGAGGGAGAGGGUUUAAGGGAGUUGUACUUCCGGGUUGCCCUGAAACGUACCAAGAGUCUCAGCAAUCAGCCGGGGAGUUCCGAGACCGACAUCAGAAGAUCCGCCAUGUACGUGCUGGCGAUCUCUUCGCUGUGCCUGCUGGUUCUGCUCAAUGGACCUAUAAUGAUGGCAAUGAGAGAUUGAUUGCAGUUGUUCUUCUUGAUGUUAGUAACCAUGCCAACCAACUUGACUUCCAUCCUAGGGCUUUCUACUUAGCUGGGAACCCAGAGGAGGAGUUCCCAGAGUGGAGAUCGGAAUGGAGGCAAGAGGGGAGACGACAAAGUAGUCGCAAGGAGGGAUCAAGUAACAAGAACAACAUCUUCUAUGCCUUUGAUGACAGAGUUCUUGCAGAAAUUCUUAACAUAAACACGGAGACAGCAAGGAAGCUUCGUGGAGAAGAUGACUUCAGGCGCAACAUCAUAAAGGUUGAGGGACAGCUUGAGGUGAUCAGGCCACCAAGAUCGCGGGGAGGACACAGAGGAGAAGAGCGAGAAUGGGAAGAGGAACAAGAAGAAGAGAUGGAAAGACAACGUGAGCGCCACCAGGGUCGUCGGUGGGACGAUAAUGGUUUGGAUGAAACUAUUUGCUCUAUGAGAAUGAAGGAGAACAUUGGUGAUGCUUCACGCGCUGAUAUGUACACACCUGAAGCCGGUCGUCUUAGCACCACCAACAGCCAUCGCUUCCCCAUCCUCCGUUGGCUUCAGCUCAGUGCUGAGCGGGGUGUUCUCUAUAGAAAUGCGAUGUACGUUCCACACUGGAACCAAAAUGCGCACAGCAUAAUAUUCGUAACAAGAGGGCGAGCGAGAGUACAAGUAGUAGACUGCAGAGGGCAAACUGUAUUCGACGGCGAACUACAACAACGACAGGUUCUAGUGGUUCCACAAAACUUCGCCAUAGUGAAGAAGGCAGGCGACGAAGGGUUCGAGUGGGUUUCAUUCAAAACGAACGAUAAUGCCAUGAUUAACACACUGGCUGGCCGCACCUCAGUCAUGAGGGCAUUCCCAGUUCAAGUCCUUGCCAGUGCCUAUAGAAUGUCCACAGAAGAGGCUCGAAGGCUAAAAUUCAACAGAGACGAGACCACUUUACUGCCCCCUCGUAUGUCGUCGUCGCGUAGGCCGGCUAUCCCGGUAGAAGCAAUGUAA